AGGAGAUAUUCCAAUUAAGUUCCUAGAAGAAAAGCUAUCUUCUCUCUCCUCUUUUUCUCUCUUCUGAUAUCGACUGGUGGUUUCCGAUCGGCGGUCAUGGCCGUGCCGAGGCCGGCUAACUAGGCUCAACUCUUUGGGGUGGGCGAUGGUAAUCGGCUUCGUUUCGCUGAUCUUGAACUAGUUGAUGGAGAGCUGGUCAUCCCUAGGGCGGUUCGGGACGAAGGGGCGGUCAAGUGGAGGAACGCGUUGGUGGGGCAAUUCCUCACGACGGCGCCUCCGAUUGCGAUCAUCCGUCGUUGGGCUCAGCGAUUCUGGGGCAGAGAUGGUAGGGUUUUUGUCUGUGUUUGGUACGAACAUGUUCUUGUUUCAAUUUGAGAGUGAGGCGACGAGUACUUGGGUGUUCGAGAGUGGCCCGUGGCACUGUGAGAACAUUCCUCUCUUCGUUCGUAAGUGGGUUCCAGGGAUUCAUUCGGUGAAGAUGGGUUGCACUAAGCUACCGAUCUGGGUGCGCAUUCGUGAGUUGCCGCUGGAGGGUCUGAGUAGGUUAGCGAGUUUGCUGGGUAUACCUCUUUGGAUGGAUCAAGCUACUAAGCUUGGGGCUCAGAUGGGUACAGUGAAGUUGUGUGUUGAGAUGGCUGCAGAUUCUUUAUUUCCAUCUGAGAUCCGGAUUCGUCCAGAAGGUGGGGAGAGGAUAGUCUUGUUUGUUCAUUAUUUCAAUAUUCCAGUCAGAUGUGAUUAGUGUGCUGAAUAUGGGCAUAAGAUGGGGGAAGGUGUGGAGUGUGGAAAAGUUUCACAUGAGCACAUGGUCGUGAAUGGCAUUGAGGGUCAAGGAACUGAGGAUAAGGGUAAAGAGAAAGUAAUGGAAUCUGGGAGUCCCCCUAUUGCUUCUCAUGCUGGUGGUUUUGGGGUGGUAGCAGAUUCUCAAGCUGUGGUAAGUAGUUAUGGGGUGUUGGUAGCAAAUUCUCAAGUCGUGGCAAGUAGUUCUGAAGUGGGAGGGAAGAUUGCAGCUAACACUUCAACUCCAGCUAGAGAGGAUUUGAUUGAUGCAUAUGGCUUUCAGUUGGUGGUGAGGAAAGGAAAGAAUGUUUCAGUUGGUCGGGAGCAAAGCAGUGAAAUGCGUAUCCUAGCCUCAGCUAUACAGUCCAGAGUGCCAUUAAAUUCUAAGGGUGUUGCUAUGGUCAUUCCUGUUUCUCCUAAGAAAGGUGGGAGGAAGAAUAAAAAAGUUGAGUAUUUUGCAGAGUUGCUGGUAAACAAACUGAUAGAGGAGGAAGCUGCUUGCUUGACUUUGCCUGUUACUAGGGAGGAAAUAAAACAUGUCUUCUUCAGUAUGGGAAGAGAUAAAGCACCAGGUCCUAAUGGGUUUGUUGCUGAAUUUUUUAAGUUGGAUUGGGAGGUGGUGGGUGUUAAAUGUGGAGAGCACUGUUCUGGAAUUCUUCAAAACGGGGUCAUGCCUAAACAGGUAAACUCUACAGUUAUUGCACUUAUCCCUAAGCUGCCUGUUGUGGAGAAAAUGAAAGAUUUUCGACCUAUUUCUUGUUGUAAUGUGAUUUAUAAGGGUAUUUCAAAGUUGCUCUCACGUAGACUGUCAACGGUGUUACCCAAACUAAUUGGAAGAAGUCAGUCCGCCUUUGUGAAGGGUAGGCUGAUUAGUGAUAAUAUUCUAAUGGCAACAGAACUUGUCAAGGAUUAUCAUAGGAGCAGAAUUUCUUCUAGGUGUGCACUAAAGAUAGAUUUGAUGAAAGCCUUCGACUCUGUCAAUUGGAAUUUUCUUUUCACAGUUAUGUCUGCUAUGGGAAUGCCAAGUAGUUAUGUAAAGCUUGUGGAAUCUUGUAUAUCCACUCCAAUGCUCAGUGUUUCUUUUAAUGGAGGACUAUGUAGGUAUUUUCCGGCUGCUAAAGGGUUGAGGCAAGGGGAUCCUCUGUCCCCUUACCUAUUCACGAUAGCAGUUUUUGGGAUUCAGCAGGUUCUUAACAAGUUCUAUGAAGUCUCAGGCCUAAAGUCUAAUCCGCAGAAAUGCCAAUUGUUUUGUGCUGGAUCUCGCAAGAUGAAGAUCAAGUAUUAUCUGCUCAUACUGGGUUUCCUUUGGAGAAGCUACAUGUUCGAUAUUUGGGAGUGCCGCUUCUGUCAGGUAAAUUGACUUCUGCAGACUGUGAAUGUUUAGUGGACAAUAUCACAAAAAGGAUUCAUACAUGGCAGGCCAAGUUAUUGAGUUAUGCAGGUAAAUUGCAGUUAAUCGAUUUGGUUGUUACUAGUUUAUUCCAGUAUUGGAUGUCAGUGCUCCUGCUCCCUGUUAAGGUUCUCAGAUUGAUUGAAGAUGCUUGCAAUAAAUUAUUGUGGGAAGUUGAUGGUGAUAAACGGAAGAAGGCCCCUGUUGCGUGUGCAGCAGUAGCAAUGCCACGACAGGAAGGGGGAUUAGGCAUUAGAGAUUUCAAGAUUUGGAACAAAGCUUGCGUGAUCAGGCAUUUUUGGAAUAUGUUAGCUAUGUCUGGCUCUUUGUGGGUUGCUUGGAUGCACAAGUAUCGAGUUAAGGGAAGAAGCAUAUGGUCUCUUCCUGUGAGCUCUGUUAGUACUUGGACCUGGAAGAAGAUUCUCAAAUGUUAAGGAUUGGCGCAGCAACACAUAUCUGGUAUGGGAGAUGCAUUAGCUUGGGAUGGAGUUGUUUUAACCAAAUACUCAAUCAAGCUUGUGUGGGGGACUAUUCGAUCUCCUGCUCCACAGGUUUCAUGGUACCAUGAUGUGUGGGGUGGCCUGAUUUUGGAGAUUGGAGUGCUCAGCUGGUUUGGCCAGUGCAGCAGUGGGGGCAAACGACAGAUAAAGUAGUCGUUGGAAGGCUUUUGUGGGUCAUGGGAGUCAGCUUGAUAUGGCGAGAAAGGUGUGCCAGGCUUUAUGGAAACUCAGCAUCUCUCUCCCCAGCUCAAGUUUCGUAUAACAUUUUGAGAGACUUUGAAGUGUUUUCGCAAAGUUAUAUUCCCUUCCAGUUGAGAGUACAAAAAUAUUAGGAUCAUUGUCUUAGUUUGCUGUUUGUAGCUUCCUUACAAGUUUUGAUGGUUUUAUGAUGUAAGUUGACUCUUUGAGAGGGAGAUUUGCGAGUUGCAACUCCCCGGGCUUCAAUACAAUUUUUUGAUUAACCAUAAAA